CAGUCCAGGGAUCAUUCAAGUCGUCGACAAGAAAACAACCAACAUGAACCGCCUGGUACUCCUGUUCGCGCUGGUCGCCAUCGCCUAUGCCAGACCUGAGUCGGAUCUGAUUGAUCAAGAUGUGGGUUCUAUCGUAGGAGAUGGUGACGAUAAACUAAGCGACGAUCAAAUCGCAGUGAGCCUUAUUCCGCCCAAACAAUCCGGUGUAGACUCCAACGUACAGGGAAUCGAAGAUGAUCUCUCAGUAAGCUUGAUUCCAGUAGAAAAUGGUGCUGCCGACCUCAUAGCCGACCUAAGCAAUGACGGGAACUCAGACUCCAACGUUCAGAGAAACGAAGAUGAUCUCUCAGUAAGCUUGAUUCCAGUACAAAAUGGUGCUGCCGACCGUAUAGGCGACCUAAGCAAUGACGGGAACUCAGACUCCAACGUACAAGGAAUCGAAGACGAUCUCUCAGUAAGCUUGAUUCCAGUACAAAAUGGUGCUGCCGCCCGCAUAGGCGACCUAAGCAAUGACGGGAACUCAGACUCCAACGUACAGGGAAUCGAAGAUGAUCUCAGAGCAAGCUACAUUCCAAUCAAAAAUGGUGCUGCCGACCUCAUAGCCGACCUAAGCAAUGACGGGAACUCAGACUCCAACGUACAGGGAAUCGAAGAUGAUCUCAGAGCAAGCUACAUUCCAAUCAAAAAUGGUGCUGCCGACCUCAUAGCCGACCUAAGCAAUGACGAGAACUCAGACUCCAACGUACAGGGAAUCGAAGAUGAUCUCUCAGUAAGCUUGAUUCCAGUAGAAAAUGGUGCUGCCGACCUCAUAGCCGACCUAAGCAAUGACGGGAACUCAGACUCCAACGUACAGGGAAUCGAAGAUGAUCUCAGAGCAAGCUACAUUCCAAUCAAAAAUGGUGCUGCCGACCUCAUAGCCGACCUAAGCAAUGGCGGGAACUCAGGCUCCAACGUACAGAGAAUCGAAGAUGAUCUCUCAGUAAGCUUGAUUCCAGUACAAAAUGGUGCUGCCGGCCGCAUAGGCGAACUUAGCGACCCCAAAAGUCACCAUUGAUGACAAAGUCAGCCUGUAAUUAAGGUGUUAACAUCAGAGCGUAACUGUAUUAAAUGACUAUUCAUUAUUAUGUUAACUGUUUACUUUGUUAAAUGCAUUUUUUUUUUUUUAAAUAGAUUUUUGAAGCAUU